AUGAAAACAUUCAAAUUCGACCCACAAACUCAAGAAUGGAAGAGUUACUCAAAAAUUGAAGAGUUCAAUCAAGUUCCAUCCUCAUUUCUUUCAAUUGAUAAAUUGACAAGGGAAUUUGGAUUGAAAAUUGGCACAUUUAAUGUGUUAUUUGAUUUGGUUCCUUUCUUUUUACAAUCAAUAUUGAGAGCAAAAGAAAGGCAUAUUCAUACCAUUGAAUUAUUGAAAAGAGAAAAUUUUGACAUUAUCAUUUUGAAUGAAGUUACUGGAAGAUUUUUAAAUUUAAUUGAAAAUGAUGAAUUUUUCAAGAGCGAAUAUUACUUUAGUGAUAUUAUGGAGAGAGAUGGUGAUGUGAAAAGUGAAUUAACUGUGAAUAAGAGCAUUGGAAAGAGAAUGGGAAAUCUUGUCUUGUCCAAAUUUGCUCCAGAUUUUACUGAAAUGGAGGGUAUUAAUAAGAGUAGAGCUUUUAUUUAUAGUUCAUUCACUCCUGUGGAUGGAAAUGGAAGAAGAAUUGAAGAAGAAAGGAUUGGUAUUGUGGCAACCCAUACAAGUGCCUUUACUCAUAAUGAUCAAGUUAGAAAGCAAGAAUUGACUAGAUUGGUAAAUUCUGAACUAUUGAAAAAUGUUAAAAAUGUUGUAGUUUUAGGAGAUUUAAAUCUGCAUGAAGAACACGAGGAUAGGACAAUUGAAGCAAUUAAUUGUAGAGAUUUAUGGACAGAAACUAGAAGCAAUGGUCUAUUUCGUGGAUAUACAUUCGAUUCUCUCAAUAAUUCACUCAUUCAAAUGCUAUUUUUGAAUUUUGAAAAGAGAAGAAUGCGAUUGGACAGAAUUAUUACGACUAUUUAUUCUGCUCUGACCAUUUCGGUCUUAAAACCUCACUAG